AUGGCUCAAGGUUUAGCGCGUUUCUGGAACGAAUGGGGGAUCCAAGUGCUGGUCCUCUUCAGCUUUACGUUGCAAGUCAUGCUGCUUGCGUUCGCCGAGACUCGCCGGCGCAAAUCCUCAGCUCCGCUGAGGCUUCUCCUGUGGCUCAUGUACCAGCUGGCUGACUCCACGGCGAUAUACACCCUUGGCCACCUGUCUGUGGCCAGCAGCAAGGCACAGGACCAGCACUUGGUCGCCUUUUGGGCGCCAUUCCUGCUGGUACACCUUGGGGGCCCGGGUACCAUCACCGCCUAUGCCUUGGAGGACAAUCGGCUGUGGCUCCGGCACCUGCUCACUCUCUCCGUGCAGAUCCUGGGAGCCGCCUUCGUCAUCUACAAGUACAUCGUCCGUCGCCGGACCUUGCUCCUACUGGCAGCUAUCCUGGUGUUCGUCGUCGGUGUCCUCAGGUACGGAGAGAGGACAUGGGCGCUCUGGUGUGGCAACACGAGCAGCAUCCGGAGCACUCUGAAACAUCCCAAGGGGGAGACUGCAUACAAUCGUAGUCAUUGGAAGAAGCUGAGGUGGCCAAAUCCAAGACAAGACGACCAAGACAAAAGUUUUGGUGAUGAGGAACUUCUCCUGGGAGCUCACUCCCUGUUCCACGUCUGCAAGAUUCGGUUUGUCGACGCAACAGAGCGCAUGUCCGAGUUUGAUCAGACUUGCACAAGGUGGUACGGUGGCAAGGACUUGUCCGGGUUACUCGAGAUGGAGCUAUCCCUCAUGUACGACAUCCUCUACACCAAGGCUGCCGUGGUCCACACAUGGUAUGGCUACACUAUACUUGUUGUCUCGCCGCUUGCAACAUCUGCCGCCCUCUUGCUCUUCCACUACUCGAGCGACAAGCAUGGUAAGAGCAAGGUUAAUGUCGGAAUCACCUAUACAUUGCUGUCAGGGACCUUGGCCCUAGAGACCAUAUCAGUGGCUAGGGCCAUCGGGUCGACCUGGGCGUGCGCCUUGAUGUACUGCUGUGGGUGGGAGCGACUUCUAGGUGCCGUCACUUACCUCCGCCGGCGCAUCGGGGCGGCAAGCAAGAGAAGGUGGUCAGGCUCCAUGGGUCAGUACAACUUGCUCCACCUGUGCACCCGUGACAGGACCGAGCUUGGCGGCAGGCUGGCUGCGAAGCUGGGGCUUCGGAGCUGGUGGAACAAAGUCCACUACUCUGGCACCAUAGCAAUCUCAACAACAGAUCUCAAGGACCGGAUGCUGCCCGUGUUUUCCUACGUCCAUCCCAAAGCACGAGGCAUCCAUGCUCUAAAUGGCAUGGGGAUAUUCAAAAACUCUGCUCAAUAUAUUCACUCGACUCUUAGCGAUUUUGCCUUUGACGACAGCAUUCUCUUUUGGCACAUUGCUACUGAUGUCUACCUUUCUGAGUCAAAGGUUGAACAUGAAGAGAAACUUGUCGCGGCAGUCCAAGUUCUCUCCAAUUACAUGAUGUUCCUGAUGAUAGCGCAACCUGAGAUGCUGACCGGCCCAAUCCAGCAAGGCCAGUAUGUUGACACCUUUAAUGACUUGGACAGAAUGUGGGAUCGCCACUGCUCAGCUAAUCAGAAUCAGGGACCUCUCGUCGAAAAGUGGUGGAGUAUGCUGAAGAAACUGUUCCAGAGUGACAAACCCAAUGCUUCCAGGAUGCGGCAGAGAAAGGAGCUUGCCACGAAAUUCCUCACCGUCGAUGCUGACACAAUUCAUGAAGAGGGUUAUAACGGGCCUGCUUUCUUCCAUGGACGUGGAAUUGCUUCCUGGCUUCUCGCAACGGACUCGGGCUCCACGUUGGAAGUGAUCUUUAGGGUGUGGUUGGAGAUGCUGUGCUAUGCUGCCCACCACUGCAGUAGGGAUUCCCAUGCUAGGCAGCUCAAUAAUGGCGGCGAGUUCCUCACUGUUGUGUGGCUCUUGUCACAUUGGCAAAAUCGUGCAUAGACGGAUUGUCCCCGUUAGCUAAUGCUUGGGGGACUGCUUCGAUCUUCUUUUGCAGUGUGCCUGCAGAGUUGUA